GGAGGGGAGGGGAGGCUGAGGGCUCCGGCACCGCUGAAAGCCCUUCAGCUGAUACCGAGAUUUGCGGUCCCAGCAAAUAAUAAUUAGGCGUAUUGGGAAGGGCCAACAAUGAGAGAGAGGCGACCCACUUAAGGCCGAUACCUUCGCCGUCAAGGCGUGGGAGGGCUGGCGGGCAGGGCUCGCAGGGAAAGGGGAGCUCCAAGGUGAGGCAGCCGCACCGCACACCUCCCCCGAGCGGCGGGUGCGGAGCAGAUAGAGCUCCGCUGGGCAGAGCUCCGUUGGGCUCCCGCAGCCCGGCCCGGCCCGGAGGAGCGCAGCCCGCAGCCCGAGCCGCGGAACCGGGCGGGCGGAGCGCUUCGGUUUGGCACCCUGCAGUGACACCUGGCGGGGGCGAGCGCGGAAGAGCCGGCAGCGGCCCCGAGCUGAGCCCCUUCGCCGGCGGACCCCGACGGGGCGGCCGCGGAACGGCGGAUCCAUCGCUGCGGGACCGCGGCCGAGGGCGAGGCGGCCGGAGCUGCCCCGCGGGGCGGUGGGUCGGAGCCCGGAGGGGGCCGUCUGACGUGCCCUUUGGGGAAAUGGGGGUCGGUCCGGCCAGAGCCGCGGCUCCGCGUUUCUGACUCUGCCCAAUGAGAGCCCGGAGCACGGAGGGAGCUGUCAAUAUUUGGCCACAGCCCCCGCGCCGCUAUCCCCAGUGUGUCCUCGCCCUCCGCACAAGGACCUCUAUGGCCCGACCCGGCCCCGCCGCACGCCGUGCUCCGCUCGGGGGGCGCCGGCCCCGCUGAGCUCCCGGGACCCCCGGAGCCUCCUCCGCCGCCCCCCGCACGGCAGCAUGAGCCUGGGAGCGGGGGCCCAGCCGGGGCUCGCUCAGCCGCUCGGAGCCGGGAGCCGCGAAGGAGGGCAGUGACGGGCACCCGCACCGCCCUCACCCGAGGGAAGCGAGGGCAGGACCCCGUCCCCGCUCAUUUCUCCGUCUGGACCGAGCCCCGGAGAGAUAUGCUCAGUCCAAACCGCCUGGAAGCGUCUCCUGGGAUUGCCGUGGCCCCCGGGCGUGCGGAGUGCGGAGCGUUCCCUCGGACGGCGGGCGCGGCCCCGCGGAUUUGCCUUCCCUUCGUGCUCAUCCUGCUCGCCCUGACGCCCCGCGCCGACUCCUCGUGGUGGUACAUUGGGGCGCUGGGGGCGAGGGUGAUCUGCGACAACAUCCCAGGGCUGGUGAACAAGCAGAGGCAGCUGUGCCAAAGGUACCCAGACAUCAUGCAGUCCGUCGGGGAAGGAGCUAAGGAAUGGAUCCGUGAGUGCCAGUACCAGUUCCGGCACCACCGUUGGAACUGCAGCACACUGGACCGGGACCACACCGUCUUCGGGAGGGUGAUGCUGAGAAGCAGCAGGGAGGCCGCCUUUGUCUAUGCCAUCUCCUCGGCUGGGGUGGUGUACGCCAUCACACGUGCCUGCAGCCAAGGGGAGCUGAAGGCCUGUGGCUGUGACCCACUGAAACGUGGUCGUGCCAAGGAUGAGCGCGGGGAGUUCGACUGGGGCGGCUGCAGCGACAACAUCAACUAUGGCAUCCGCUUCGCCAAAGCCUUCGUGGAUGCCAAGGAGAAGAAAGUGAAGGACGCGCGGGCGCUGAUGAACCUGCACAACAACCGCUGUGGCAGGAUGGCUGUGAAGCGCUUCCUGAAGCUGGAGUGCAAAUGCCACGGGGUCAGCGGCUCCUGCACCUUAAGGACUUGUUGGCUGGCCAUGUCGGAUUUCCGGAAAACAGGGGAUUACCUGCGGAAGAAAUACAAUGGGGCCAUCCAGGUGAUCAUGAACCAGGACGGUACCGGCUUUACCGUGGCCAACAAGAACUUCAGGAAGCCCACAAAGACAGACCUGGUGUAUUUUGAGAACUCGCCCGACUACUGCGUGAUGGACAAGUCAGCAGGCUCACUGGGCACCGCAGGGCGCGUGUGCAACAAGAUCUCCCGUGGCACCGAUGGCUGCGAGGUGAUGUGCUGCGGGAGGGGGUACGACACCACCCGCGUCACCCGCGUCACCAAGUGUGAGUGCAAGUUCCACUGGUGCUGCGCUGUGCGCUGCAAGGAGUGCGAGGACACUGUGGAUGUGCACACGUGUAAAGCUCCCAAAAGGGCUGAGUGGUUGGACCAGACCUGAGGAGAUGAGUGGCAGAGGGCAGAACCUGGCUGUAAACCCCCCCAACCCUGGACCUUUUCCAUUUUUAAACACCUGUGCCCCCACACCCUGUGGGCCACUGCGUUCUGGGAGCUGUAGUACGACUGCAUGGCUUUUAUUUAAUUGAUUAACUCUGCAAAGCACUACGAAAGGACUACAUUUCCCAGGAGGUGCUGCGGACCCUUCUAUCUGCUCAGCAAAACAGAUCCCUGUUCCCAGAAGGCACCAACCUCACUUCAACUGUGAAACUUCUGCUGCCUUCGUUCCCUUGGCAGAGGAGCAGUGCAACUGGCACAGACUGAGAGCACCGACCAUGGGGACGCAAUGACGGAGCAAUGCUGCCUCUUCCCAACUUUACAUUGAAGUUUCACCAGCAAAAAACAAAAGCCAGCCCACUGUUUCUGAAUAACAAACUGUUGCAGACAGUGUUCUUGCUUUUACCUUUCUGCAAGGCCAGAGGAAAGGUGUUGCAAGGUCUUCAGAAAGCUCCAUAUCUCCGUGCUUCCUUUGAGCAUCCCUGGCACGCUGUCCCCACUGCACUACUGACACUCGCUGAGCAACUUCUGCACAGUCUUCUCCCUGCAUGGUAGCAAAGAUGACAAGCAGGGUUGGGAACUGUCAGCUGAAGCCUGAACGACUGCAAAAAGACGAAGGCUACAGAUGAAGGUUGGCCGUAGAAGUUUGCAGACAGAGCGUUAGAGAAAAGCAAGAUAAAUGAGAUCUGUGAACUUAACUGGUAGGUUCAGAAGUCGAUGGAUACAAAGAGCAUCUCUCUCUCUGUAAGACUCACUUGUAUGUUGUGUAUACUGCUUAUUAUUUUAAGUCAAAAUUCAUUAUAAACCUAUAUCAGAAAAUGA